AGGACAGCAAAGAUGCCCUGUCCCUGUUCACUGUCCCAGAGGACUGCCCCAUCGGGCAAAAGGAAGCCAAGGAGAGAGAGCUGCAGAAGGAGCUGGCAGAGCAGAAGUCUGUGGAGACGGCAAAAAGCCAGAGUCUGCAGGACACACUUGGCAGCUGGUGCUCCUGCAUGAGGAAUGCUUCAGUGGAUCAUGACAGAACCCUCUAAAAUGAAUGUGGAGAGACUGCACAGACAGUAAGUCAUUGGUGCCUAGUUAGGAUUUCCAAGUUUGAGGGAAUUAUUCAGGCUAGGGUUUCAUCAUGGGACAACAGUUCUGCCCAAUAGAAACAGUGUAUAAAAAUGUUUAAACAGCUGCUUAAAGCUAGUGAAACCUCAGUUUUGCAGGCUCAGUUAAGGGACCUAAUGCAAACUGUUGCUUCCCAUAACCCAUGGUUCCCAGAAGAAGGCAUGCUGAACCUAGAGCUCUGGGAACAAGUGGGAAGAAAUCUGAAACAACAUUAUGCCCAAGGGCAAUGGGUCCCAGUAACAUCUUUAACAUUAUGGGCCUUAGUUAGGGCUGCUUUGGCCCUGCUCUACACAAAGACCCUAAGAAGGGAAGGGAGGAGGAACCCUCACCUACCUUACCAUCUCCUUUCUCUCCCUCAACCCCACAAUUAUCGGGUAAAGGUGCCACAGAGGAGACAGAGAUUCUCUCUGAGUCCCCUCCCCCAGUAGAAUGGAAAAAAGACAAGGGAGAUACUACAGCUAUAGGACCCUGUCUUAGACAAGCAGCGUUAGAAGGGAAGCUCUUGGCCUGCCCGGUGAUGUAGAAUCAAUAAGGCAACCUGGUACAUAAACCCAUUACUUUCAACACUUAGGAAGAAAUAAGAAAAAGCAUUAAAAAAACAAAGCCACUAGCCUAUUUACUAAGAAUUAAUUAAAGCCAUAGCAGACAACUUCCAUAUGACCCCUUAAGACUGGUCAGCGCUAGCUAAAACAACUUUAGAGGCUAGUCCAUACCUCCUCUGGAGGGUAGAAUUUAAUGAAUUAUGUAAACAGCAAACCUCUUUCUUUUUUUUUUUUUCCCCCUUUUUUUUGAGACGGAGUUUUGCUCUUGCUACCCAGGCUGGAGUGCAAUGGCGAGAUCUCGGCUCACCACAACCUCCGCCUCCUGGGUUCAGGCAAUUCUCCUGCCUCAGCCUCCUGAGUAGCUAGAAUUACAGGCACGCACCACCAUGCCCAGCUAAUUUUUUGUAUUUUUAGUAGAGACGGGGUUUCACCAUGUUAACCAGGAUGGUCUCGAUCUCUUGACCUUGUGAUCUACCCGCCUCAGCCUCCCAAAGUGCUGGGAUUACAGGCUUGAGCCACCGCGCCCCAUGCAAACCUCUUUCUAAUGAUGGCCGCUGUUAUUAUUCCCCUACCCCUGCUGUGGCUCUCUCAAAAUCCUAUUUGGGUAGAACAAUAGCUAUUAAAGGGAGAGAAAUUACAGCAAGCCUAUGAAUUAGUUGAGAAGCAAUUAAAAGCUGGCCAUAUAGAACCAUCAAACAGCCCUUGGAAUUUGUCCAUUUUCAUCAUUCCCCAAAAGUCUGGCAACUGGAGACUUUUGUAUGACUUAUGGUCUAUUAAUGCUAAUUUGCAGCCUGUGGGGCCUCUUCAGCAGGGGGUCCUCUCCCCUGUGGCAAUUCCUCAAAAUUGGCCUAUACUCAUUAUUGACUUAAAAGAAUGCUUUUAUACUAUUCCCCUUGCAGAACAGGACAGAGAAAAAUUUGUGUUUAUAAUAUCAGCUAUUGAUAAUGAAAGGUGAGCUCCUUGAUUUCAUUGGAAAGUGCUUCCUCAAGGAAUGCAGUGUCAAUAUCAUGUAAAUCAGGCUUUGCUCCCCAGUAGAAAAGAAUUUCCUAAUUGAAAGAUUAUUCAUUUUAUGGAUGAUAAUUUACUGGCAGCUGCAGCAGAGCCAGUACUUUUAAGUUUAUAUGCCUCUGUCUAAAGGAAUACACAGUUAAGAGGUUUAAUCACAGCACCUGAAAAAGUACAAAUGUCCUCUCCUUGGAAAUGUCUUGGCUGUAUACUGACUUCCCAGUCAGUAAAACCUCAAAAGGUUAAAUUAAAUACUAGCAAGUUACAUACCUUAAGUAAUUAUCAAAAAUUACUGAGUGAUAUUAAGUGCUUCACCUAACCUUGGGCAUAGCUACUGAUAAGUUGCAAAACCUGUUUUCUGUCUUAAAGGCAGUGCUGCCCUGGAUUCUCUCAGGUAUUUAAACUCUACAGCAAAAAAGGAAAUUGAGGAAACAGGGCAAGCUAUUUAUCAGGGGCAGCUAGAUCUCAUAGACCCAGGAUAUUUAUUCCAAUUAUUUAUUUUUCCUAUUAACCAUUCCCUAACAGGAUUAAUAGGACAGAUGGCCCCAGGACUGUGCUUCCUAGAAUGGGAUUUUUGCUCACAUACUGGGACUAAAACACUAUCUCCGUAUAUCCAGCUAGUUAGUAAAGUCAUCUGUACAGGCCACAGAUGAUGCAAUCAGUUGCUAGGUUAUGACCCUGAUGUCAUAAAAAUUCCCUUGAAUAAAAAUCAAUUCAAAGCAGUCUUGCCCCUAUCUCUAGAUCUUCAGAUGGCGUUGUCUGAUUAUGCCGGCCAUUUAUUUAGAGCAUGCCCUUCCUGCUGACAAACUACUUCAGUUCUUAUCUUGUAGUCCCGUAGUUAUACCUAAAAAAGUAGUUCACCCCCCCAUGCCUCUUUAAUGCUGUUUACUGAUGGCUUUGGUAAGAAAGGAAAAGCCAUUCUGGUGGAAGCCACAUAAUUCCCUCACUUGAUCUAUAUUUACUGGCACUCAGAGAGCUGAGGUUGGAGCCCAGUAUUGGCCCUGGAAACCUUUUACACUCAGCCCAUUAAUACUGUUAGCGACUCUGCUUGCUCUGUUUAUUUAUUGCAGAACCUUGAGACAGCCCUCAUUAAAUCCACUCUUGAGCCCACCCUGUGUGCACCUUUUCUUAGCCUUCAGCAAUUGCUGGGUCAAUGAACAUAUCCUAUUUUUAUCACACAUAUUUGAGCACACAGCUCACUGCUUGGCCCACUGGCUUAUGGAAAUGAUCAAGCAGACCAACAAGUUAUGACAUCACUACUAGCACAAGCCUUAUCUACCCUUAAUUUCUUAAAUUUAAAUGACAAAUUUCAAUCAGCUAUAGAAAACCACUUUGCUAAAACCUCUCAAGACAUAAAACCCACAGUUUUAUGGAAACAUGUAAAUAGUAAUGUUUGGUAUGGUCCAAAUGAUUUGCUAACAUGGGGAAGAAGAUAUGCUUGUGUUCACACCCCCUCAGGUCCUCUUUGGAUUCCAGCACGCUGCAUCAAACCUUACCAUAGCAUGUCCAGAACCUAAGCUGGUAUCAAAAAUAAAGGAAAUAACCCUGCAAGACCUGCAGCCCCGGACAAUGCAGCUUCUUUGGACAACAUAGGUUCCAGAUAUUAUGCUGAAGAAGACAACUCAGGAGGUUGAGCAGAUUGUGCUCCAGGCACACAUUCAUGUCAGAUAAUUGUUCCUUUUUUCUUCUCUUACUUUGCCUGCAACCUGUACCUGCUACACUCUAUUGAGCUUAUCUUCUAAAUCUGCCUUUCUUCUGCCCUAUCACUUGGGCAGGCACCCCCUUCCCAGCUUCUAACAACACAACUACUUGGCUAAGAAGGAUUAUUAUACCCCCUGUGGGGUCCCUCAGUAACAGCACACAUUGGACUAAGGUGCUAAGUAACAAUACAGGUCACUCCUUGAUUGAAAAAAAAUGUUACUGAUUAUACUCAUGUUUGUCUUAUGUUAUUUACUAAUUCUAAGAUGCAAAGCCAGAGCGUGAAUUAAACCUGUUGUUGCUCAUGUCUAUACUCUUCAGUCAACAAAACCUAAUGCAAAAACAAAAAAAAAAAAAACAGAAAAAGAGGAGAUGUAGAAGAUUGGUCAGGGUGGAAGGAAAAAUUCUAAGGAAAGAUGCAAAACUUCUUGAAAGGCAGGGAGGUUUUGCAAAGCUUUGGGAAGGAAUGAGCUGAAGGUGGCUGUCCUUACCCUGAGGUACAAAGGCAAGGAGUUGGUGCAAAGGAAUGUAAGAGAGCUUAUCUAAAUAGCUUGUUUACUCAUGUUGUCCUAAGACUGAUCUUUGCUCAUCUGUACACUUGACGGCUCUCUACUCAGGGGGUCGGCAAUGUUAAUUACCCACAAGUGGUGUCUGCUGAAGACCUUUGUCAUUAAAUCUGUACUAAAUAAAUGUGAGGGUCUCUGGCAUAUUGGGGCUGCACAGCCACACUCCCUCUUUGGGGUCUGUAAGCUGUGUGGUACCCUAGCUGCGCUCUAGGCAAAAACCUGUGUCAGCAUAUGCCUUUCAUCCAUUGCUCAGCCAGAGUCUGCGGGACAGACUCAGCACAACGCAAUGACCACUCCUAGCUUUGGAGAUUAAGGGGGCUAUGUGCAGGGAUUGGAAUUAGGUCAGUAGGAGUUGAGAGUGACCCCUGGUCAAAGCCAGGAAACAGCCUGGGACUUCAGUCUUAUGGCCACUAGACCUGAAUUCUGCCAAGAACUGGAAUAAACUUGGAAGUGAAUUCUUUCCCAGAACCUCCAGACAAGAGCACAGUAUGGUUAACAUCUUGAAUUUGGGCUUUUGAUAACUCGAGAAUAGAGCGCAUCCAAGCCCACUCAGACUUCUAACCUAUAUAACUGUGAGCUAAUAAAUGGCUGUUGUUUUAAGCCAUCAAGUUUGUGGCAAUUUUUUCUACAGCAAUAGAAAACAAAUCCAGGGUCAUCUUUGGGCUCCAUACAACUUUUCCAGUUUCCUGAGAUACAAGCUCUGGUUGACUUCUGGUUCUUCCAAGCCCAAGAAAGAAAAGUUUCAAGAUGAUUCGGUCCCAGUCCCUGUCUCUGCAAAUGCCGACACAGCAAGAUUGGAAGGGCCCCCCGACAACCAGUCCGGCCAUGUCUCCCACAACCCCUGUGCUCACUGGAGCCACUUCCCAGCCCACGCCAACACCCUAUGCCAUGCCCGAGUUCCAGCGGGUCACCAUCAGCGGAGAUUACUGUGCCGGGAUCACUUUGGAGGACUAUGAGCAGGCAGCCAAGAGCCUGGCCAAGGCUCUGAUGAUCCGGGAGAAGUAUGCACGGCUCGCCUACCACCGCUUCCCGCGGAUCACAUCCCAGUACCUGGGCCAUCGGCGGGCCGAUACUGCACCUCCAGAAGACGGCCUUCCAGACUUCCACCCUCCCCCGCUGCCCCAGGAAGACCCUUACUGCCUGGAUGAUGCACCCUCCAACCUGGAUUACUUGGUCCGCAUGCAGGGGGGCAUCCUCUUUGUGUAUGAUAACAAGAAGAUGCUGGAGCGCCAGGAGCCGCACAGCCUGCCCUACCCUGACCUGGAGACCUAUACGGUGGACAUGAGCCACAUCCUGGCUCUCAUCACCGACGGCCCGACGAAAACCUAUUGUCACCGACGACUGAACUUUCUGGAAUCCAAGUUCAGCCUUCAUGAGAUGUUAAACGAAAUGUCCGAGUUCAAAGAGUUGAAGAGUAACCCCCACCGUGACUUCUAUAACGUGAGAAAGGUGGAUACGCACAUCCAUGCGGCCGCCUGCAUGAACCAAAAGCAUCUGCUGCGCUUCAUCAAGCACACAUACCAGACAGAGCCUGACAGGACUGUGGCUGAGAAGCGGGGCCGCAAGAUUACCCUGCGGCAGGUGUUUGACAGCCUGCACAUGGACCCCUACGACCUCACUGUGGACUCGCUGGAUGUCCACGCGGGCCGGCAGACAUUCCACCGCUUUGACAAGUUCAACUCCAAAUACAACCCCGUGGGGGCCAGUGAGCUGCGUGACCUGUAUUUGAAAACUGAAAACUAUCUGGGAGGAGAAUACUUUGCUCGGAUGGUGAAGGAGGUUGCCCGGGAGCUGGAGGAGAGCAAGUACCAGUACUCAGAGCCACGGCUCUCCAUCUAUGGCCGCAGUCCCGAGGAAUGGCCCAACCUGGCCCACUGGUUCAUCCAGCACAAGGUCUACUCCCCCAACAUGCGCUGGAUCAUCCAGGUGCCCCGGAUCUAUGACAUAUUUAGGUCAAAGAAGCUGCUGCCAAACUUUGGGAAGAUGCUGGAGAACAUCUUCCUGCCCCUUUUCAAGGCCACGAUCAACCCCCAAGAUCAUCGAGAGCUUCACCUCUUUCUUAAAUAUGUGACAGGGUUUGACAGCGUGGAUGAUGAGUCCAAGCAUAGUGACCACAUGUUUUCUGAAAAGAGCCCCAGCCCAGACGUCUGGACCAGUGAGCAGAACCCGCCUUACAGCUACUACCUGUACUACAUGUAUGCCAACAUCAUGGUGCUCAACAACCUCCGCAGGGAGCGUGGCCUGAGCACGUUCCUGUUCCGGCCGCACUGUGGGGAGGCUGGCUCCAUCACCCACCUGGUGUCUGCCUUCCUCACUGCUGACAACAUUUCCCAUGGGCUGCUCCUCAAGAAGAGUCCAGUAUUGCAGUAUCUCUACUACCUUGCUCAGAUCCCCAUUGCCAUGUCUCCUCUUAGCAACAACAGUUUGUUUCUCGAAUAUUCCAAGAACCCUCUGAGGGAAUUCCUGCACAAGGGACUGCACGUUUCUCUUUCCACCGAUGACCCCAUGCAGUUCCACUACACGAAGGAAGCACUUAUGGAAGAAUAUGCCAUUGCAGCUCAAGUGUGGAAGCUUAGCACGUGCGACCUGUGUGAGAUCGCCAGGAACAGCGUGCUGCAGAGCGGCCUCUCGCAUCAGGAAAAGCAAAAGUUUCUGGGACAAAAUUAUUAUAAAGAAGGACCUGAAGGAAAUGAUAUUCGAAAGACAAAUGUUGCUCAGAUCCGGAUGGCAUUCCGAUAUGAGACCUUAUGCAAUGAGCUCAGCUACCUGUCUGAUGCCAUGAAAUCAGAAGAGAUCACCGCCUUGACCAAAUAGUUCCAGCAUUUGACAUGCAUUUUAACUUUUUGGUUUAAUUUCAAGUCUGCUGUGGCUAAUAGUGGUCAAGAUUCCAAACUAGGACUUUCCUCUUUGAAGAGGAUGCAUCUGAAGAAAUUUCAAACUGAUGAUUUUGGUUGUACUGCUCACUUUAAGAAUUAACAUGCUCACUUUUGUUAGUAUUUCUGAGUAACACAAUGGCGACUUCUCCUUUGGGGAUCUGGGAGCUGGGGACUUGUCUAUACUUGUUCCUGAUUUUUCAAGUAUUUCUCUUGAAACUGCCAGUCCAGUGCUUGAACUGUUGGGGCCAGGAUUUUCCAUGGUCAGAUGCCAAGUGACAUGAGGUCUGUGUGGUUUUCUGCCAUAUUUUUCUCCAUUGGCCCAAGUAGGCUAAUUGAUGAUAGUUGUUCAUUUCAGCCUCUGGAUGGCUGGCCGCCUUAAACACAAUCAAUUUCAAAGCUCCAUUUCAUAAAGGGGCUACUUUGAGGGAGUUCAAAUGGAAGACUUCCUUCUUGACAAUUUGUGUUUUUAGUGAAGUUCUUAAACCGUUUUAUUUAGCCCUCCUCCCCGCUUUCUAGUUGGAAGCCAAAUGUACUCAUUAAAACAGCCACUCCUAUUCGGAGUCUUGGUUUCUUCACCUACAAAGUGAGGGUUUGGACUAGAUGAGUGGCUUUCAGGGUGUUCUGUGAAUCCCCUCAUGAAUACUUUAGAGUCAGGGAGAUAGGGAGUGACACUCAGGGGCUGUCAAAGGGACUCUGCGUUCAUUAGUUUUACACUGCAACUGCUUAUGUAAUAUUUUCAUUUGAAUGAAGAACUUCGAAAAUUACAGGACUAGAAAGAUGAUCUCUGUUCCUUUUGGCUCUAAUACUCUAUGACUGCAGGCCAAUUAUCACUUCACCUAUUAAGAGGUGGGAGAAGUGAAAUUUACUUAAGGUUGCAUAGCUAAUAAGUAAUAAUAGGCCUACAACUGGGUUUCCUUAUUCCAAAUCCUGUCCUUUCCCCACUAUUCCAUUAGACCUCACAAAUGUUAGUUGUGUGUGUGUUUUUUCAUCAAUGUAACCUGGUACAUUUUUUUUUUAAGGCAAAAUUUUCCCCUUACCUACUAUGAUGACUUUAGAAGAUACAGUGGUCCCAGGGGUCAGGUAGAAAGCAUUUUUAAAGACCAAUCUGAAUUAAACUUUACCAAUAUAUUCUUAUUCUGUGUUACUAGUGCCUGGUAUGUAGCAGGUGCUCAAUAAAUACAUUUUGAAUAA